AUGGCGAAACCUCAAUUUACUUUUCUUUCCUUUGAUUCCUCCCACUUUUCACGCCAUUCAAUGGCCCGAUUUCAUCAUCAUAUGAAUGGAAAUAUGAGUAGAGGAUCACAAUUUUACGGGAAUUUCCGUGACUCUCCAGAAAUUUCACCUCAACAACCGCUUUAUCCUACUUUUUCUGAUUUUUUUUCUUUUGAAAUCAUCGCUGCGAUCACGGGUGAUCAGGAGAGAGUCAUACCCAGUUUUUGUUUCUUGGGAUUUCAAUAGCGAGAUUGAAUCAAUUUUCACACUAUUUUUUCUAUUUUCUCUACCUAAAAAGAAAUGAUCGUGCUUUAGUAAAAAAUUCCUUAUAAACGACCUUGCUUCUUAUUUUCUUGUUUAAUUUUUAUUAUUUAUGUACAAGGAACUUUUUGUCAAUGUUUUUUAAACAUUUUUAAGUGUCUGAACCUUCUGCAAAUUUUAUAAAAUAAAAAAAUUGUGGUGGCUCUUAUCUCAAUGUAUUCCAAACGAUCAAGCUUAAUUUCAUGCAGUGUUUUAAGAAUAAAUUUCGAAGCAGACAGUAUCAAGACUUGAAGCUGGUUUAUCUCUUUCUGGAAAUAUGAUAAAAUUUUAAUUAAUUUGGUUCAAUUACGCUCAAAAUGGAUACGGUUUCUGAAUUGGGUGCUUGGAUGCAAAAACUUUACAUGUUGUCCACUUCUGAUCAUGCAUCCGUUGUGUCAAUGAACCUCUUCGUGGCCCUCCUCUGCGGCUGCAUUGUCAUUGGCCAUCUGCUGGAGGAGAAUCGUUGGAUGAAUGAAUCAAUUACAGCCCUUAUCAUUGGUUUAUGUACUGGAGUGGUUAUAUUGUUGAUUAGUAGGGGCAAGAGCUCACAUCUCCUGGUCUUCAGCGAGGAUCUGUUCUUCAUAUAUCUUCUCCCUCCGAUCAUAUUUAAUGCUGGGUUCCAGGUUAAGAAGAAACAAUUUUUCCGUAACUUCAUCACUAUAAUGUUGUUUGGAGCUGUUGGUACACUAAUUUCAUGUGCUGUCAUAUCAACCGGUGUCGUGUUAUUCUUUAGGAACCUGGGAAUCGGCUUUCUGGAUAUUAGUGAUUAUCUAGCAAUUUGUGCAAUAUUUGCUGCAACAGAUUCUGUUUGCACAUUGCAGGUGCUAAGUCAAGAUGAGACGCCCCUACUUUACAGUUUGGUAUUUGGAGAAGGUGUAGUGAAUGAUGCUACUUCAGUGGUGCUUUUCAAUGCCAUUCAAAGCUCUGAUAUGACAACUAUUGAUCCUACAAUUUCUUUACACUUUAUUGGAAGCUUUUUGUACUUAUUUCUUGCAAGCACGCUACUUGGCGUUUUGGCUGGACUUGUCAGUGCUUAUAUAAUCAGAAUGUUAUACUUCGGAAGGUAACAAAUGGAUAAUGAUGGCAUGAAUUAGAAGAAAAGAGCAAAAAAUGAUUAAAGGGAAAUAAAUCAAAAGUUGAAGGACUAAAAUAUAAUUAUCCAAAAAUUGAACCGGAAGGCGAAACGAAUGAGUGAAAGAUUUGAAGGUCAAUUGAUAGAAGACUCAGAGUGUUGGAAGAAGGAAAACAAGGGGAAAAAAAGCCAAAAAAGAGAAGAUGAAAGUUCAGGGAUCAAAGUGUAACAAUUGAAAUUAUUUUAUACUGCGUGCGCAGGGGCUUAAAGUGGCGCCCACGAGACCUUAUUCUUGCAUACCGAGAGCAAAACAACAAAGUGGCACGCGCAAUGAAAUAUAUGGCGCGCGAGCACGGGCCAAAAUUUCUGUGACGGGCCAGUUUCCUUAGUCUUAUGAAAUUUUACAUGGAAACAAUAUUUUUUGACAUCAUAUAUAUACCUAAAGAUGCCAAAAUGAGGAAAACCUCCUUUUUCACCUAAAAAUCUUAUGUUCUACAUAUAUUUGGAGGCGAAGAACGGACCAUAAACUUUUCUCUUUUUUUGCUUAAGGAUUAUUGAUGUAUAACUAAACUUCAUCUCUUGGUCGAAGGAUAUUGAAGCCUAGGAACAAUUCAAACUGUGAGAUCUAAAUAAAUUUCAUUUUUUCAUUCA